GCCCUAGAGUCAACUGUUCCUCGCAGUGACCCGUAGUGACGUCACACCCAAACAGGACAAGGUUUGGUGGUGAUUACUGCCGGAUGGUUCAAACUAAGUGGAUUUUCUAUUCGUAGCUUACAUUUAUCAACAUGUCUCAGGAUCCGUGGUUGCAGAAUUAUGAAGCCACUUGUCGCUUGUCUCAGGAAAUAGCAGAAAACAUUCAUGAACGCAACAGGCAGCAGAGAACAGGGGGGAACCCUGCAAAGAUCAACAUGACUCUACGGGCAUCGCUGCAGAAGCUCAAACAGAACAUCUCCCAGCUCAAAGACGGUUUGCUGCGAGCAUCAUCGGCUCGGCGAAUAAUGCAGUCGGAGGCUGAUAGGAGGCAGAACCUUAUUGAUGACCUGCUAACCAGAGAGAAGCAGCUCAACGCCACCUUCAAGGGAGACUCCACGGAGCCUGAACCUUCCAGGUCAACGUUGAUGGCCCAAGGGGCAGGAGCCAGUCGAGGUGUUGCGGCCAACCCCUGGCUGGUCAACGAAACAGAGGAGACCAGAGGGCUGGACUUUGGAGAGAUCAAACAGCAGCAACAACGAAUCAUUGAAGCCCAGGAUGCAGGCCUGGAUGCACUCGCCGCUGUCAUCAGCCGACAGAAGAUGAUGGGCCAGGAGAUUGGCAAUGAGCUGGAUGAGCAGAACGAAAUCAUUGACGACCUUGCACAUCUCGUGGACAGCACAGACGGCCGGAUUCGUAAUGAGACACGAAGGGUGAAGCUGGUCGAGACAAAGUCAGCCUCCUGUGGGAUGCUGGUGGUGAUCGUACUACUUCUCAUAGCCAUCGUAGUGAUUGCUGUGUGGCCUGUGUAGCGGACGAGGACAGCAGUGAUCAGGACCUUCGCUCAACUACAACGUUUUAAACCUUUGCAUCCUCAGUGCAGACAUGUACAGACACUCAUUUUAGCACAGUAUCGCAUCAAGAUUUUAAUUUUUUUUCUUUUUUAAAUUCUUUCGCUUCGAAUUGAUUCAAAGGUCACUGGUGACUGCCUAACCAAGGCGAUGUGAACUAAAUAGCUAUAGGUGCACAGUUAAGUCCUCUGGUUUGAUGAAAUACACUGGUUACCCUGCAGAAAAUGUGUUUUUAUAAAUAUAGUACAUACAUGUAAAUUGUGCUUUUUAAUAAGUGUCUGGCUCAUUAAUGAUCCAAAUAGUUAAAUUAUUUUGGAGGUUUGUAAGCCUUUGAAAAAUAUUUUUAGCCUGGACUGUGGCUGAUGUUGACCCAACAGUAGGACCUCCCGCAGGCAGCAGGAGCUUUCCUUUCAUACGUCUGUCUGUGGUCUGGCCUGAGGCUCUGACUGGGUACGGUAAUUCCGCAAGCUUUGCAAUAUUCACACUCACUUAUAUUUACCCAUGCAUUACUGCAGCGGUUGUAAUGUUAUCAUUUGUCUUGGGAUUUUAUAACGUUUACGGAAUAGCUCUCAGCCAAAACAAACAGCUCGGCCGUGUUACUAACAUGCCUGUUUUCUUUCCUUGUAAAUCAAUUCAGCUUGUAAUUUCUAAUAAAUGACAUUUCCAGUUAA